AUGUCUCUCUUAUGGCAGAACGAAUUAUUCUCUAAAUGGACCUUGGCGUUUGAUUCAGCAAGACAAAAGUUUCUUGCUAUCAGGCGACAAGAAGGAAUCGAAGAAGUAAAACGAAAGGGAAUUAUUAUUGACAGAGAAGUAUCACGGAGAACUUAUCUUAAGUUUUGUGAAGGAGAACCAAGAAUUUCUGUUAAACACCGUUUGAUCGACGGAAAAAUUGAAGCCUACGAAAUGCCUCUCGACCCUCACGGACUGGCACAAGCAAAGUUAACUGCUAUUAUGUAUAAUUGGAGUGAUCAGUUGCGAGUUAUUGGUGAAAUAGAGGUUAUUGUGGACACAAGAAGUGUCUGUCAUCCUGAUAUUUGUAUUCGACCAAGGAAUCGUCGACAACCUCAACCCUCAGCAGCAGUCAAUUCAUCCGGAAAACCAUAUCCAACUCUAGUGGUGGAAAUCGGCGAUACAGAGAGUUUAAACAGUUUACAUGAAUUGGCUACGAAAUAUUUUUCUCAACGGACCACUAUUCAAAUUUAUUUAGCCAUCAAGUUAUUCCCAUCUGGUGCGCUUCUUGCACUACUUUAUUUACGUAACAAUCCAAAUCAAACAAUGCCUGCAAUUGCCAAGUCUUUCGGAACAGCAUCUCUUGCCCAUCUCUCACGGAUAUAUCUUCUAGAUACUGUACAUGUUACAGCCAUUACUGGUGUCGGAUUUGGAGGGGUUCCUUGUGAUGUUGCCAAUAUUCCAGAAUACCAAAUAUCUAUUCCUACCAUAUUACUUUUUAAUGAUGUUCCUGGCGGUGUUCCUGGUGGUGUACCUAAUAACUUUAUUAUAGAUUUAUGGAGAUUGCAUGAUGCAAUUCUGAAUGAUUGA